AUGUCAAAUAUUUCACAGAGUUGGGAGCGCGUUUUUUGCACUAUAGCGCCAGUACGAAAUUUCGUUAGAUAUAUUUCCCGUAAAGAUUGUGCGAAAGUCUUAGAGCCCAAAUGCAAACCAGAACAUUUAGAAAAACAGCCGCCAUGCCCCGAGAAAAAAAGACGACUGCAACAAGGAAUAAAAAAACCACCAACUUGCGGUAUGUGGGAAUGCCCAGAAUGUUGUCUUGAGCAUUGCCCGGAAGUAGAAAAACGCUUGGACGAACUGUACUACAAAACAUCUGACAAACUGAAUCGCGAAUAUCAACAGACAUGGAUAGCAUGUCCGCAUUUGAAAAUAAAAGAAGUCGAAGUAUGCUGCGGUGAUAUAGGAGGGAUGACGGUAGAAAAGAAAGUAAGGCGAGGCAAGGGAGUAAGACCCAAAACUGCUUGCCCGCAGCCUAAUAAACUUAAGGGGUUAAUGGUGUGUAAAAAAGGUGAAACAAAAAGCAAAUGUCCACGAUUUAUGUUAGGUAAUUGUCCCCCUGGCCGUAUUCCACCGAAUUGCCAUCAAUUAAAGUCUGCAAGUAAUUGUGAGAAAGAUCCAGCUCCAUAUCCAAGCUAUUCAGAAUGCAAAAAAUGCGAAUUGGAUGCGCUCCCACCUGUGGAAUGUAAAUGUUUGGAUAAACCUGCAAUGUGUGAAGUGUGGGCAGAAUUUAGAAGACGUCUUAGUUUCGUUAAAGCAAAAGAAAGCAAGGAAUAG